AUGUUGAAUGUAACAGUUGGGAUGAAGGUACUAUCGCAAUUUGUGCUUGUCUGUGUGGCAAGUAUGACUUUAAGAUCGUCCACAGAAUACAUCUACACAUUCGUUCCCGAAUAUGUGGCUGCACAAUCCCUUCCGGAAUGGCAAAUUCCCCAGAAUAAUCUCCCAUUUCAUAGCUAUAUUACUGCUCCCUCUCCUUCCUCAUAUGGGGACGCAACCCCACCAGCACAGUUCGUGAGGGCACCACUGGCGUACCUACCGCCUGGUUUUCAGUAUUCUGUGUAUCCACGAUUGCAGUAUUAUCCUCCAACCAGCGAAGAUCGCAAGACGAUAACACCUUAUCCCUCAGAACAGUCACGAAGGCUUCAAACAAUCCCAUCUGAUGAAGAACUUGUUUCUGAAGAGAUGACUGAUGAUGAUCCUCCAGCAGCAGACUCAACUUUGUUCUAUCAAGAACUCCUUCGAGCUCAAUUGUAUCGACAACUACAAGCAAUAAAGAAAGCCUAUCGAUUACGUAAAGCUUUCGAAAAGAUGAAAAAAGAGAAGCCUGAGAUGUGA